AUGGACGGCAGGAGAGCAGCGCUGGGUGCCAAGUGGUCUCACUGCGUGAAUGUGCGCCUGCUGCUUUUGAGGCGCCUUACCAGUCCUCCUAUCCCUUCCUCCUUUCCUCGUCCUCCCGUCUCUUCCCUCCCAGAGAUGGACGGCAGGAGAGCAGCGCUGGGUGCCAAGUGGUCUCACUGCGUGAAUGUGCGCCUGCUGCUUUUGAGGCGCCUUACCAGUCCUCCUAUCCCUUCCUCCUUUCCUCGUCCUCCCGUCUCUUCCCUCCCAGAGAUGGACGGCAGGAGAGCAGCGCUGGGUGCCAAGUGGUCUCACUGCGUGAAUGUGCGCCUGCUGCUUUUGAGGCGCCUUACCAGUCCUCCUAUCCCUUCCUCCUUUCCUCGUCCUCCCGUCUCUUCCCUCCCAGAGAUGGACGGCAGGAGAGCAGCGUUGGGUGCCAAGUGGUCUCACUGCGUGAAUGUGCGCCUGCUGCUCUCCACCGUCACCCAUGCUUCUGGAAAUAAUCGCACGCAGGGUCUCGCGAGAACUCGCACAGCAGCCGCCAUGGCGGAGGAGUCCGAGCCCCCGAAGAAGAUGCUUCUCGACGACGAUCACGAAGAUGAGGUGGCGGUCGCGAAGGGUUACGUUGGCGAAGAGUUCGAGCUUCGCAUCAACGAGGAAUACGCGAAGCGCCUCGAGUACAACAAGCGGCGCGAGGAGAUGCACAAACUGGAGGAGAAGGUAAAGGCGGGGUACCUGCCCUCGGGGGAAAGAAGCUCGGGGUUCCGCGGAAGAGGCCGCGGCGCUGGCGGAAGAUUCGGCGGAAGAGGCUGGGGCGAAGGCGGAAGGGGAGGCGGUCGAUGGGGCGGAAGGGGACGGGGUUUUGGCGGAUCUUGGGGGCAAGACCGCCGGUUUGGGCGGAAUGACGAGGCGCAGGGGGAGGGGGAGGGGGGGGCGGAGGCGGAAGAAGGAGAGGCGGAGGAUAGCGAGGAGGAGGAGGACGAUAGGGACGAGCAUCUCUUUCGCCUGGACCAGGAUGUUAAAUUCGUACAGGCCCUUACGAGGAUUAAGAACAAGGAUCCGGAGAUCUUUAAACCUGGUAAACACCUCUUCGAAUCGGAUGGGGAGGAGGAGGAGGAAGAGGAGGAGGAGGAAGGGGAAGGGGAGGGGGACGGCGAGGAGGAAGCUGGGGGAGAGGAAGCGGGGAACGAAGAGGACGAGGAGGAGGACGAGAAGGAGAAGAAGAAGCAGAAGAAGAAAAAGGCCAAGGCGGUUUAUCUUAAGGACGUGUUGGCGCAGCAGGCGAUCGACGGCGUCGGGCUUAGCGACGACGAGGAUGACGGCGGCGACGGGGAGCGGCCGUCGCGGAAGGGGUACUUUGCGGAGCAGGAGGAGCUGAAGAAGGCGUUCCUCGACGGCGCGGAUGCAGCUGAGGAGGGCGAGGAGGACGAGCUGCUGCGAGUCAAAAAGUCCAAGAAGAGCAAGAAGAGCGGCAAAAAGGCCAAGAAAGGCGCCGAAAACGAGGAUGCAGAGGAGGAGGACGAGGAGGAAGAGGAGGAGGAUGAGGGGGAGGAGGAGGCGGGCGGGUGGGGCGACCCGGCGGUGAAGGGCGAGGUGCAGAAGCGGCUGGAGGAGUUCUUUGGGCGCGACGAGGAGCAACUCACAGAGGUGGACCAGUACCUCAAGUCGUACCUUCUUGAGAGGAAGUGGGUGCAGGACGAUGAGGUGAGAAUAACGGCAGGCGGGGAUGGGCAUGCUUUGUUUGGAGUGAAAGGAGUCGGACUGCCUGCCGGGGCGGAUGGGACGGGGAGACGAGGGAAGGGGUUUCAUGGCGUGAGAGGAGGCGGACCAGUACCUCAAGUCGUACCUGCUGCUGGAGCGUACUGUGGAAGUGGGUGGGUGGAGGACGAUGAGGACGCAGGGUACGAGGGGCUGUUGGGCGGGCCGGAGGUGGACGAGGAGGACGAGGAGGAGAUCAAAGAGCAGGAUGAGUUUGAGGAGCUCUUUAACUUCCGCUACGAGGAGCCGGGUGGGGCGUUUGUUGCCUCCUACCCCAGGGAGAUUGAGGGGUCGGUGCGGCGCAAGAUGGACGCGAGGAAGCGGGCGAGGAAGGCGCGGGCGGAGCGGCGUGCAGCUCUGGAGGCGGAGAGAGAGGCGGAGCUGCGACGGCUCAAGAACCUCAAGAAGCAAGACAUUCUGGAGAAGCUUCAGAAGAUUAAACUUGUUGCUGGGCUGGGCGGAGGAGAUGGGGACGGCGGCGGGAAGGGAGGGAAGGGUGGGAAAGGAAGGAAAGGGAAGGGAGGAGGUGGGUGGGGAGGUGGGGAGGAGUGGGAGGGGGAGGAGGAGGCGGGGCCGAUGGUUGAGUUGCUGGAAUCGGUUGAGUUUGAUGAUGAAUUUGAUCCUGUUCUGUUUGAUGCUAAGAUGAGAGCUGCUUUUGGGGAGGAGUAUUAUGGGAAGGAGGAUAGGGAGUUGGCUGAGGCUAAGAAGGAGGAGGAGGGAGAGGAGGAGGAAGAAGAGGAAGAGG